AUGUCGGGUCUCUCGAUGCUCGGAGGAGCUUUCGCCUUCGCCCGGACUGGCUCAUUCCCAUCGCUAGCCGGUAGCUUCACCAUCGCCGGAAUCAUGGCGCUGAGCUCGAUGAGAAUUCGAGAUGGAAUGGACUACGGGUUGGAAGGGGCAGCAGCAUCUUCAACUCUCCUAUUCGUGCCAAUGAUACGGCGUGCUUUGGCAACGAGGCGUGCUAUCCCUUCAGCUUUGGCGGCGCUGGCGGCUGCCAGUACAGCAUACUACGGGAAAGAGACAGCAGAGCAUUAUGCGUAG